UUCAAGCGAUAAGACUAUAUAUAACAAAGCGACCGGAAAGAUUUCAUUUAAUCGUAGUUAAUGUUCUAAAGUAGAUGUAUUUCGCAUUUCACCGUAUUUGAACAAGCUACGAAGAUGUUGACUGCGGUGACAGUACUAAUUCUUUCGCCGUUAUUGGUACUUGGAAAUUUCUUCGAAUACAUGGAUUACCCGAUUCUUUGCAGCAAAGAGACUUUAACGCUGAAAGGUUACUGUAGCGGUACAAUUUCAGCUAAUUUUAUCGAGUAUCCCAAUCUGAGAUGUGUAAGCAUUAUAAACAGUGAUAUCCGUUCUUUGGAGGAGGGCUCCUUCGAUGGACUGCCAAAUUUGAUUUAUCUAAAUCUUGAAGGAAACGUGAUUCCACCAAGUAAAUUAUUCUCUUUUGGUAACAUUUCAAACAUUAUGGCAUUGGGUCUCAAUGAUCAGAGGACGAACAGUUAUUACGAUACAGUAUUGCAAGUGAACAGCAUGUAUCCUAAACUUGUAUAUUUGAAUUUGAGGAAUGCUAAGAUCUCGAGAAUAUCAAACACCGUGUUUGGAAAUCCAUUUCCAAAAUUGUCGUAUCUGGAUCUUUCGUUCAAUAAAUUGUCCUCCUUCAAUUUCGAACAAUUGUGGAACGACUCACUUGUAUAUUUGAAUCUGAAUCACAAUCAAAUUUCAAAAGUCUCCUUCAAUAAAUUAAACAAUUUGAUAUCGCUUAACCUGGUUGAUAAUGCCAUUAAAAGUAUAGGCGAUGGUUAUGAUCUUGAUCUGCGGGGGCUGAGUAGUUUACAACAUCUUUCCAUUGCGAAUAAUCGAAUAAAUUUUAUUAGCAAAACGGCAUUCAACCACACGGUUAAGCUUCCAUACUUAAAUAUUUCUGAUAAUGCUUUGACAGCGUUAAGUCCUGAAUUAUUUACACCUUUGACCUCUUUGGAUGUUCUUAUAUUGGAUAAUAAUAAGUUUAAUGAUAUCCCACUAAUAAUAUCGAACAUAUCAACGUUAUCGAUGAAUUGUAACAAUAUCACCUAUUUAAAGCCAAGCUCGUUGGACAUGUUGCUUAAUCUGAGAAAGUUGUCUUUAGCCGGAAACAAGAUUUCGAACAUUUACCCUGGAACGUUUAAAUCUCAAGUGUUGCUGGAAGAAUUAUAUUUAAACGAUAACGAGCUGACUCACUUGUCAAGAAGCUGGUAUCAAUCUAUGAAGAAACUUCGAUAUUUGAAUUUAUCGGGGAACAAAUUUACUUCGAUUGAAUCUGUUCUUGAUUUGGCUAACGUCGCUUUGAAAGAGGUUCACUUGGCCCGUAACCCUAUAAUGUUCAUCGAAACAGGUUCACUGAAAACAGUACCACAAAAUUUGACGAUUUAUCUGAACAUGAACGAAACACGACCGACGAGCUUCUGUAGACGCUCGUAUUCAGAAUUAUCGUUACAACAAUAAUACAACAAUAAAUAUAGAACAAUAUUAUGUCGGACCAUGUAUGAAUAAUAUAACGAUAUUGAUUAAUAUUCAAACUGUAACAUUAUAAUAAUAAAUAUAUAAUUGUAUAAAAAUUA